GGUAGAACUUGAACAUCUUAAAUUCUUAAAUUAUGGAAAAAACACGUGAAAACAGAGGCUGCUGUCUUGUUAGAAAGUUCCGAAAAUCUCUGAGGCGUCAUCUACUGUUCAUUCUGACUCUCUUGGCAGUAAUCUUUGGAUUCGUAUUAGGAUUUACGAUACGUCUCGCAGAACCUUCGAAAGACACGAUACAAUGGCUUGGGAUGCCGGGAGAACUUUUUCUUCGAUUGUUAAAGAUGAUGAUAAUACCUCUGUUGGUAUGCAGUGUUAUACAUAGCACUGCGUCUCUUGAUCCCAAGUCCAAUGGUAAAGUCAGCGCCAUCGCUUUCAUUUACAUACUUCUCACAAACAUCCUGGGCUGUGUGAUAGCUAUAGCUCUGUUCUAUGUCAUCAAACCAGGUAGUGAUAGUCCUCUCAGUAAGGGGAAACCUGAAGUUUAUGAAGCUAAUCCACAAGAUAUAUUUGCAGACUUGUUAAGAAACAUCAUACCUGAUAAUAUUGUUGAGGCUUCUUUUCGUCAAUCGCAAACGAAAUAUCUACAGAAAGAGGUGGAACAAUUAAUUCCGGGAAACUCUUCAUAUCAGAAUGCGUCGACCAAUCAAAACGCAUCAACUAUCCACGUGGUUCGAGAGCUAGUGAAAUCAGUGGGGAAGACAGAUGGCGCUAAUAUACUAGGACUCAUUACUGCCUGUAUGUUCCUGGGAACAGCUGCUGGUAAACUUGGAAAGAAAGCGAAACCAUUCCUGGAGUUCUUUGCAGUUAGUACUGAAGUAGUUUUACAAGUUCUACGAUGGUUCCUUUGGAUGACUCCACUUGGCAUUGGAAGUCUUAUUGCAGCCUCUUUAGCAAGUACCCGUGACAUAAGUAACACGUUUUCAAGUUUGGCUCUCUUCCUGUUGACAGUUACGAUCGGGAUCGUCCUUCACCAGGCGUUAUUUCUGCCUUUAAUUUUAUUUCUAACAACCAGGAGAAACCCAUUUAUAUACUUUAUUAGUGUAGGUCGGGCAUGGCUUAUAGGAUUUGCUGCUACAAGCACAGCUGUUGCUAUUCCUGAAAUGUUAAAUGCUUGUGAAAACAAGAACAACAUUGACAAGCGAGUCAGUCGUUUUGUCAUCCCAUUUUGUGUUACACUGAAUGCCGAUGGCAGCGCUCUUUUUAUCACAGCGGCCGCCAUGUUUAUAGCCAAUAUCACCGGCCAGUCACUGUCAUUUGGAGAUGUCGUAAUUAUAGGUUUACUGACGGCUAUAGCCAGCCUCGCCUUACCGUCCGUUCCGAGUUCCAGUAUCGUAACUCUUAUUAUGAUAUUGUCCUCACUGAAGAUCCCAGUGGAAGCCGUGUCUCUCUUGUUUGCUGUGGAAUGGUUUAUGGAUCGCAUUAGGACCACAUCAAAUCUUUUAAGUCACACCUGCUGUGCAGCCAUCACAGAUCACUUUUGUCAACAGAAUUCACAGACAACAGAGGACCCGGAACAGGAAGUUGAACUUAUUGUGUAUUCACCGGAAGCUCUGAAUCCAUGACAAGAAGAUAAACCAGCCAUCCUUCUGUAUGAAAGUUGGAGAAUAUCUGGUUGUAAAUGAACUGGAUCUCUAUCUAGAGUCGUAUUUCUCAGGUUGUUUUGUAAAUUAAAAAAUUCAGCUAAAACACUUAAAAUGUGUUCAAGGUUAGGGUUUUACAUUAUAAUAGUUUUCCAAGAAAAAUAUUUUUAUAUAUUUAUGAGAUUUUUUUCAUCAUAGGCAAGCAAAAUUUAUAUUUGCUAGUUGCAAAUAAUUUGUAACUUGUUAUUGUUGUGUAAAAUAAAUUUUAUUUUCAUAUUUAG